AUGGGCCUGCCUGAGGAUUUCAACGACCAACAAACUUCUUUCGACGCUGAAAAAGAGCAAUACACUCCCUAUGAGUACCAGGAGGAGGGCAACACCUCCUGGGCAGGUGCUCUGCCGGUGAAGCAAGGUCUGUAUGACCCAGACCUUGAGAAAGAUGCUUGCGGUGUAGGCUUUGCUUGCCACAUCAAGGGCAAGCCUAGCCACAAGAUUGUCAGCGAUGCGCGCAACCUGCUCUGCAACAUGACCCACAGAGGUGCUGUGGGUUCUGAUGUGCGAGACGGUGAUGGCGCUGGCGUCAUGACGUCCAUCCCUCACAAGUUCUUCAUCAAGAACUUUGAGCGCGAGGAGAACAUUAAGCUGCCUCCUCUGGGCCAGAGUCCAAGAGGCAGUUGGAAGACAUUGCCGAAUCGUUGGGUCUGCGAGUCCUGGGAUGGCGAAGGCCUCCCGUGGACUCGACCCUACUCGGUCCCGCUGCCAGGUCCCGCGAGCCUAUCAUCCUCCAGCCCUUUGUCGUCCUUGCCUCUGCCUACGGCACUGGCGUCGAGCCCGAAAUGA